UCAUCAGUUGCUUAAUUGAAAAAAAUGAAGGGUUUACAGUUGAUUACAGCUCUUGCCAUAUUGGCUCUGGUUUCUCCAUUUUCUUCUGCUUAUGAUCCCAGCCCCCUUCAGGACUUCUGUGUUGCCAUUCCUGAUCUCAACAAUGGUGUGUUUGUGAAUGGCAAAUUCUGCAAGGACCCAAAGCUAGUUAAAGCAGAUGAUUUCUUCUUCCGAGGGCUGAAUGUUCCCGGAAACACAGAAAAUCCAGUACGCUCCAAUGUGACAACAGUUAACGUCGAUCAAAUUCCAGGACUAAACACUCUUGGUAUAUCUUUGGUUCGAAUUGACUAUGCACCAGGCGGCCAAAACCCACCUCACACUCACCCUCGUGGCACAGAGAUCCUUGUGCUACUAGAGGGAAGUUUGUACGUUGGAUUUGUUGCAUCCAACCAAAACAACAACACCCUUUUCACCAAAGUUCUGUAUCCUGGAGAUGUGUUCGUGUUCCCAAUAGGACAGGUUCACUUCCAGGUUAAUAUUGGAAAAACAAAUGCUGUUGCUUUUGCCGGUUUGGGCAGCCAGAAUGCAGGGGUGAUCACCAUAGCAAAUACAGUUUUUGGGUCAAAGCCACCUAUUUAUCCCGAUGUUCUUGCCAGUGCAUUUCAAUUGGAAGUAGAUAUCGUGAAGCAUCUGCAAUCCCAAUUCUGGUCCUAUAACUAAAAUUUUGAAGUUCGGUAUAAUUUCUUAAUCAAUAAGGAAGAAGUUGUUCACACCUUACAUGGGAUAGUGUAAUAUCCUUUUAAGUACUGGCUUUAUUGCCUUAUGUUUGCUUGUUUAUG